AUGGCCGCAAAAACCGAAUAUCUCUUCGGAGGCACCCAAAAAUGGUCGCCUAACGACUGGACUUCCUCCGAUGACCGCGUCCGAGGCGGAUCCUCCAAAUCGACACUUGAAAUCUCACCAGAUACCAACCACGCCAAAUUCCAGGGAAAUCUAGACAUCGAUACACUAGGAGGAGCUGGCUUUGCAUCACAGCGCACAACUGGAUCUCGAAGAUGGGAUUUGUCCGCGUACGACGGGAUCGAAUUUGACGUUGCGGAAUCGGACGGGAAACUCUAUACUUUGACCCUGAAAAACGACUUACUCCCAGGGAGACCUGAUGGGCGUGAGCGGAGUAGCCUGAGUUGGCAGGCUGACUUUAGGGUCGUGGGGAGUGGGAAGGUUAUCGUGACAUGGAAGGAAUUUCGGCCAACGUAUCGGGGGAAGGAGGUUGAUGCAGACCCGUUGGAUUUGAAGACUAUUAAACGACUGGGGAUUAUGAUGCGGAGUCAUUUUGGAUCUCAGUCGGGGGAAUUUAAUCUGUCAAUUGGGUAUAUUGCGGCUUGGAAGGCCGAACCAGAAGAGGGCAAAAGUGAGAGCGUUACUAUUGAAACUAAAGGGUAUAUUGACAGUGAGAAUGGGAGCAAUAAAACUUCUGCCUGCUGUGAGAUAUUAUAG